GCAUUUAAUUUGGAAUGGAGGGAGUACUGUUUAUUUAGAAUGUAAACAAAAGUGAAAAAAAAGAAGCAAAAAACGUUAAAAAAGAAGGCGUCUGAGCCGGCUCAUCUCGCGCUAGCGGCACCCUUCUUUAGCUCUCUCUUCUCAAAGGAAAAGCAGCGCCCUUUCUAAUCUGAAGGAAAAUCCCGUUCCCAAACAAAAGAAAUUCCCCUCCGCCCCCUGUUCGUCCACCUCGAGCCACCGGGAGGUUCCCCUCCACGAAAAAACGAAGCUCCCGGGCGGCCCGGCCUGUCCCAAAUCGCAUUUCGGCUGCCCGCUGCUUCAUCCGCUUGGAGAGGAUGGACGACGAUCUGACGGAGGCGCUCGUCCCGAAGAACUCCGACGAGAGCCCCGGCACGCGCCGGGAGUCUUCCCCACCGCUGUCUCCGUCUUCGAGGAACGUCGCCAAGAACCCUACGGAAUCCAGCGACUCCAGCAGCAGCGAGGCGCCCGUCCGCGACAACUCCAAGAAUCACCAAGAAUUGGGGGCGUCGUCUGCGGCCAGCGAUGGGAAGCAAGGGCCGGUAUCUACUGGCGAGGAGGAGGCGGCGGCGGCAACCCUUGAUUGCUGGGGAGCCGCAGCGGCAACCCUUGCUCGCUGGGGAGCCGCGGUGGCAUCCGCUGCUCGCCGGAAGCCGGGGAGGAGCACCUCAGAGGCGCGAGAUGGCUCGAGCGGCGUGGCCGUUUCGGGCAGGGCCGAGCACCUGAUCCGCAUCCCUCCGCCGGGAGCGGCGGGUCUGAUCCACCGCGCCAAACGCCGGUCCGAUUCCUGGAGGACGGACCCUAUCCUCGCCGGCCCUUCGGCCGAUCUGGCCGUCGCGCUGCAGGAGUUCGCCCUCGAACCGGAUGCGACGACGGCGGCCAGGCUCGAGCAGGCGGCUGCGGCGUUCGACAGCAUUGCAUCAAGCAAUACGGAGGACGGUGCUGUAGCCAAGCAGCUGGCCACCGAAGCGGCGGCACUGGCGGCCGGCUGGCGAGGAGACGACCGGCAGGGGUCGAGCGCCUUCGAAACAGCGGCCUUCGAAAGAGCGGCCAGUCGGCAGGAACUGGAGCUGCCGGCGCCAGCAGCGUCCUCCUACUCCACUGAAACUUUGUUGUGUGCUGUGAUCUCGGGCUCAUUGGCGCUGCUGCCAUAUUUGCCUAGCCAAGUCCCCAAGAAGUCGAGGAGCACCUUUGCCAUUCUCUUUGGCGUUGUCUUCGUACUGGCUUCAGCCGGUGUGAUGCUGCUCGCCGCAUCCCUCCACAAGAGGGCGGCCAACGCCAUGGCAAGAAUUUCUUUUCUAGCAUUUUCAGUUCUGGUUGUGGCAUUUGUUGGGUUUGCUCUGGGAGGGAGGACAUAUAGUUGAUACGUACAUGAUAGGUAUGUAGCAUCAUAGAUAGAUACUGAUGUACUCUGAAUUUGAAAUACUAUGCCGAAUUUUAACCAUGGGAGUGUCCGCAAGCCAG